AUGAAGUGUGGAUAUAAAUCCCCAACAAAGUUGUCACCUUCAAAAUCCAGGCACAACUCCAGUCCAACCAAGCAGCAUGACUGUAGUCCAACCAAGCAUGAGCAAGAACCUUGCAAAGAAUAUGGAUCUCCUCAAAAACCUGACUGCUUGGAAACAAAUAUUGAGCACUUGUCUCCAACAAGGGUGGACAGCUCUAAACAAGACAGACCAGUCAACAACAAAGAAAACUUGUUAAGCAGACUUGAAGCAGCUGAAGUGAAUGAUGUAGAUUGUAGUCCUUUACAGGACAGUGGCUAUGCUUCAAUACUGCACAAUGACUCCCAAAGCCAAGAUGAGGAGGAUGAGUUCAGCAGCUCAUGUCUUCCAUCAUUCGAAACGCCAAAGCAGCUUAGCCUGCAGAGUGAGAAACCUGCAUCAGUGUUCACAAGCAUGUUGCCAGCGCUGCGUUUUGAGGAAGCCGUUUGUUCUACCUUGAAGAAAAGCUGUAAGAGAAGUCCCAGGUUUGAUUGGGACGCUAUUGAAGAAGUCGCCUCCAGGGAAGCCUAUGGUCUUGAUAAGCUGAUUGGCAAAAAGAUGGGUUUGGAAAGACUGGAUAUCCUUGGUGAACUUUUCAAAAGAGAUUUCAAGCAUCUCCUCAGCAAAAUUUUGAAGCAUCUUAGUGCAAUUGAUUUAAUAAAUGUAAUCUGUGUGAGCUCAACAUGGAGGAAGAUCCUGCAGAGGGAUAGCUGGGCUUACAGCAUUUAUCACAAGUGCCACAAAGAAAUAUGUGAAAAAGAAGCAAGGAAAGAGGAACAUACUGCAACACGUGAUUCUUCAUUGUUCCGGGUACCACUUGCCUCUGUUCAGAAAGUAGCCAGUGCUGCGUGUUGUAUUUCGAAGAAAAAAUGUUAUAAAAAGAAUUCAUCAGCCCCACAUAGUCGACACACUGAGUUUAAUGAGGUUGGGAAAACACUAAAUAAUGACCAAAGCCUUAAAAUUUGUAGAGACUGUGGUUCUCCCGCCAAAUAUGAUUCCUACCUACACAGAGCAAUCUGCACCCGGGCAAGCUGUCAGUUGGACUUUUGCACACUUUGCAACUGUGAAUAUCACUUUUCCAAAGACUGCAUGAUCAGUGUAACUCGAAAUCAUAAAUACUUGUCACAACCUCUUCCUGGAAGUAAAAAGAGCAAGCAAAACUUGAGAAGGCUUUAA